GGAAGCUAUUUGAGAAGUCUGUCAUUCCGACAACAAUGUUUUCAAUUGUUGUCUUUCUAACACCAACAUAGCUACGCAACAACAUAUUUUCCAUAGAUUUUCCUGUGUAUUGUUGAUUUAGAAAAGUGUUUCUUAACACAUUCAAUACAAACUAUGUCAAGCAGCGACCUGACGUCCAAGGAGGCGAUUUCUAAAGUCGAGCAGCAGCUUUCCCCAUCCAAAGAUGGAAUCAUAGGAGUCACAUUCUAUAUAUACGUGGACAUGUGCGAAAACAAUCUGCAGCUUGAGAACCACGCUAAGCGUUUGCAAAACCUUCGCAAGGAACUAAAUUUUAUCAAAGAAACCGACUGGCAGUUCAAUUCAAUGGAGAAACUGCUUGGUCAACAUUAAAUUUGGU